AGGGCUGGAGAGAGCAGAGAAGGCAGACUAGGGGUUGUGACUGAGUCAAAAUUACCCACAUCUAGUUGUUUGGGAGAGUAGAAAGUACGAGUGGCUCUUAUGGAAUGUGGAUAACUGUUUUUGCUCUAAGUAUUAGAGCAUAAAAGUGAGAGAUGCCUUUCUUGUUUCAGAAGGAGGGAGAGACUGAGCAAUUAAGGCAAAGAAAAAGAAAAGGCUCAAGAAUCUAUAGAAUGUGAAAUAGAAAAGCUAGAGAGUAUGAAAGGAGAAAAAAACCCAUUAAGGUAGCAAAAGACAAUCUUUUGUCACAUGGACCAAUUUGGAAUGCUGAAAACAUGUGAUGGACACACUUGCAAAAUGGCCGGCUUGGCAAUCUCCUCUAUGUACACAGUGAUGGCCUUGUGGGCAAGACGAAUCCCAAUACAAUCCAUGCGUGAGAAGGCAAAACUGGCCUUCCAGGACUUCUAGGCAUUUUCAUAGAGUCCAAAAGCAGUAUUUACUCAGUUCGAUGGGCCAGACAUAUUACUUAUUUAGUUACUUCCACUCCUUCCAUUCAGGAACUCCUAAUGGCUCAACUAAUACCCAUUUCCUCGUUUUUUUUAACAGUCUUGGCAGGAAUCUUGAGGAUGCUGCAAUUUCUGAAGACAUUUCUGUUUCAAGAAUCCGACUGGUUUCCAUGGAUCUCUCUGCCAGGACCACUCUUCUCUUUACCAUCUUGUGCUGCCUGUGGAAUAUUGAAGCCCGAGAAUAUACAAUGGCUCUCAGUGUGCCAAAUGGGGGUAACCGGGGUGACUGGGGCCAAACUACAUUUUGCGAGAGAGGCUAUGCUCAUGGCUUCUCCCUGAAGGUGGAAAAAAAGCAAGGGGCAGGUGAUGAUACAGCUCUGAAUGGAAUCCGCUUGUUCUGUACCGAUGGCACAACAAUUGAGUCUAAAGUUGGACCGUGGGGAACCUGGACAAAAAAACAAUUCUGCUACACAGGCUACCUGAGUUCUUUUUCUCUGAGAGUGGAACCACAACAUGGAGAGGGUGAUGAUACAGCAGCCAACAAUAUUCAGUUCACCUGCAGUGAUGGUGCUGGCCUGAAGGGCCUUGGCACAACAUGGGGUGAAUUUGGUCCAUGGAGCCAGCGCUGCCUCAAAGGUGGCAUAUGUGGGAUGAGAACAAGGGUGGAGGAUGCACAGGGCAUUGGUGAUGACACAGCACUCAAUGAUGUGCAUUUUUUCUGCUGUUAAUGGUUGAUACAUGUUUUCUCAUCUAUCAAUAUAUUUUUGCUAUGUAUCGUCAAAGACUGUUAAUUAUGGUUAAAUAUUAACGAGAAUAAAGAUUGUAUUUGGGGAAAACGUGCAAGGUAAUCACCCUCAGGUGUUACCUCUUCAGACAGUCCAGAUUGGAGAGGGCUAAGGAAGGUAGCAGAUACCUCAAGCAUUGCAAGUGUGAUUGACUGUUUCCGUUCUCAUCGUUUUGAACCAAGGCAGAGUAACAUACUAUAAUAUCAUGUUUCUGAUUGCUUGCAUGCAAAUAAAAUUAUGAUGCAUCUUUAAAA